AUGAAGUGCUGUUUUGUUUGCAUUUGUGCAAUAUUAACUCUGCCAUACGGUAAGUAAACUGUUGUUUCUUUUCAAAAGAUUUCUUAGGCGGAAACAGAUUGCAAAUAACAGCUCUGUACAAAUUUCUGAAUGCAAUGGCUGUUCAUUAGUAGAAUGCCUAAAAUGAGUGCAUGAGCGUUCUAUAGAACCUGAGUCAGCUCAGUGGAAACCUUGUGAAGUGAACUGAAAAUAAGUGAUGAACACAGAAACUAGACGGAUUUAAUUUAAUAAUACAGUACGUCACGGUCGUUCCAGUGAAUUAAAAGGAGCUACCAACUCCAAAAACCCUUGCGGGGAAACCGAGGGAAUGGCUUUUCUGAUUCUGAAUUUAUGACUGAAUUUUGUGGCAAAAAAUCAAUUAACUAUAUACUUACCUUAAUUCAACCAAAAGGCCCCAGUUCAUCAAGCUAAUAACUUACAAUAAAAGCUAAUAGAACAAUAUAAGUUUCGAAAAAAAAAAAUCCAGGCAUGCCAUUUUCUUCCAUGGCUAAAAGCAAACAAAACCGACUCAUUUUUUAUGCGGUUAGUCUCAUUUCAGACCAAGAAAUAGCCAUACUUCUCAUGUUAAAGAAUUUAACCAUAUCACCAAAGGGUUCAUAAGAACUUCUUAUCAUGUAUAUGAUAUAUUUACCUCAGAUUGAGACUGUAAUACCUUUUUAACCUGAAUUGAAAAUGCGUCAUCAGUUUUCAUCCAGCGGUUUUGUUAAACACGAAACUAUCACUUAUUAAAAUAACGUAUUCAAUUUCUCUUUAGUGACUUCAAUCCGCUGCUACGACUGCAACUUGUGUCCUUCGGCGACAAAUGUCAUCGAUUGUAAUAAUGACACGGAUACGCCAAAGUAUGACGCAUGUGCCAAAACUACUUUUGAAAUUGACCACGACGGUCACAAGACAGGCAUGUACUACCUGACAUGCACAGUUAAGGUAUUCUAAUAUUUCACAUGAAUUAUUCUCGAACCCAAAGCUCUUCUCCUAUGACCGUCUGUUAUAGUCUCGUACCCAGAUCUCCCACGGCCAAGAGAAAGGGAGAUCUCACUUUUCAUCUUAAGACAGAGUGAGAUCUGGUACGAGUUUAGGUCUGCUACCUACAGUGUUCUCGAACCAGCGGACGAGGGACGAUUCAGGGUGGAAAAUGUAACUUGAGCAUGUGUCUGUAUUCCCUGUAAGUCUUUCUUAACCCGUUAAAAAUUAGAAAUUAGAAAAAACGCUUUCAAUUUUGACAUUUUAAGACAUAGAAAGAGUCAGUAAAGCGGCAUCAUUGAAAAAUGGUCUUUAGAGCCUGGAACAGGCUAACCCGCCAGAGGCUUAUGUCACAGACCCGUUUUAGUUUUUAGUGGAAAACAAGGUAAUGAUUUGAACAAUUUAUUUUCGCCUGUUUCUCUUCUCCUAUUGAAAUUCUGCUUUUCUGGUUCUGAUUCACAAGAAAGCUGGAAGUACCCGUCCUUGGAGAUGCAUUGGUAGUUAGCUUGGUCGGUAGAAAUAGUCCAACGAAGAGCCGACCAUGCAGACUAACUGCGGCUGGGUCUCCGAGGAUGGAAGUUUAACAGUACUGGUAUUUUCCCCAAUGUCAGCGUUUCUAUCUCAUUGUCGAAGCCAUUUAUUUUAUCAACCCAGUCGAUAAAUCUAAAUUUUUGUCAGUCCGAACAGCUUCUUUGAAAAAUAACCUGCAGAACAGAUAUGACAUUAUAUUAAGCGUUCUUAGAAAGCAUCAGGAGCAUAGUACUAAAAGAAAAGAAAAGAGCUCAUCUUUCAAUCUUUUUUUAAGACAAGUUUCCACUGUGUGUUGAACUUAAUUUUCUUUACCAAUGUUUUUCUAUUAUAUGCAGGCCAAGUGCGACAUUGAAGGAGAGCGUUACUGCGAUAAAACGGCACUCAAAACUCUGAGAAUGACUGUGAAUAAAUGCGACCACAGCUGUUGUUCCAAAGACAAGUGUAACGCUCCUGACCCUCAGCCUGGUAAAAUUCAUUUAACAAGCGUCGCAGUGAAUAUGACAAUAGGCAAAACUGCUCAGUCUGCUCCAACCUCCGUGUCGUCUGAGGCUACAUCUGCUCAGUUGAUCACUACAUUUCUGAAUCUGGCAGUGAUUUUUGCUCUUAUCAUUAUUGUCUAA